AUGAGCCCCUCUCACGUCUCCAACACUGCCCAAAGCCCUGUGCCUGUUGCCAUUGCUCCCAGAACUCUGGCCAAGGAGUCUGCCUCGGCCGACGGCUGCAAAGCCCUCUCCAUCGCUCCUUCCUCUGCUUCCUCUGCUGCCAACCAGAACUUGCCUAACAACCCAACUCUCAAUCCAAAGGCCUUUCCCAGUGCCAAAAUACUGCCCAUCUCCAACAAAGCCUCCUAUGCUUCUUCUGUGGCAUCGUCCUCCUCUUCUUCCAACAACAGCUCCCAUUUGACCAGCUCCUCCAGCAAGAAUAUCACUUCUUCCACAUCUGCCUCGACCUCUCACUCGAUUUCGAAUCCCACCAUCACCACUACAACCACCAACACCAUCACUUCGUCCAGCUCAAAUUCAAAAACAAUCAUUUCAACUAUCAAAAAGUCUCCACUAGCUUCAAAUUCGAAUCUAACUUCAAAUUCAAAUUCCAACUCAAAUUCCAACUCAAAUGUUGCUGCAAAUAACAAUACCAAUAAUCUUCAUAAUAACGGUUUCUUUUUGAAACCUCAAACCUCGACCAUCAUUUUAAAUAAUAAAAUCAAUACCUACAAUACCAGCAGUGCAACCAACGAAAACAUCAAAAACUACAAGGCUAUCUUGGAAAGAUUGAAAAGAGAAAAAGAAUUAUUGGAUAACAGAUCAAAUAAUACUCACAACCAGAAUAUUGUCAGGAACAAUCUCAUCAACAACAAUACAAAUACCAAUAACACUAAUACCAAUAUCAAUACCAACAAUAACAAUAACAAUAACAAUAACAAUAACAAUAAUCACAACAGUACUAAUACUAUUAACAACUACAAAAACAACCACAAUAACUAUACUACCUUCAACGACUCAAAUUCUAACCUUAACAAUUCAAACAACAAUAACAACAUCAACUCGAAUUUUUCCGUUAAUAACUCUCUAUCUAAUAAUAACCUUUUGAAUAAGAACUCAAAUUAUUCGUCAAUCAAACCAAAACCAAUUUCUUCAAUUCCUCCUAACAAUCACUCUACCUCUUCAAUAACUGCCAAUAUUUUAGCUAAAUCUUCCUCUUUAUUGCAAAAACAACAAUUAUCAAACCAAAAUCACCACAAUCUUUUAAAAAAAUCCCUUAUUUCAAACACAACCUAUACAACAACUUUACCUUCUUACAUUAACAACAAUAACAAUAAUAACAAUAAUAACAAUAAUAAUAAUAGCAUCAACAAAAAUAUAAACAUGAACAUAAAUAUGAACAUGAAUAUGAAUACAAACAAAAACUUACAUCCCAAACCUAUCCCAAUUAAACCAAAAUCAAUCUCUCCCAAACCAAUCGCUCCUAGGCCUGUUUCUAUUCAAAUGAAACCUACAACUCAGUCUCAAAUUCAAUCAUUACACCAAAACAUUAUCUCAAACAGACCAAUAAAUAAUAAUAUCAAUAAUAAUAUAAAUAAUAUUAACAACAUCAAUACUCAGUUUAAUAACCAAAAUAAUAAUAACAUUUCGAACAAUAUUAAUUCAAAUUUUAAUUCCAACAUGAUUAACCCCCAACCAAAUAACAAUAAUAAUAAUAAUAAUAACAAUAAUAACAAUAAUAAUAAUAAUAAUAGUAAUAAUAGUAAUAAUAGUAAUAGUAAUAAUAAUAGCUUUGCAAACAACAGCAAUAACAAUAAUAACAAUAACAGCAAUAACGGUAACAACAACAACAACAAUAAUAAUAAUAAUGUUUUGAAUAAAACCUCACCACCUUACUCGAAAAACUCACCAUCUGAUUCUAGACUCUCAAACAAAAUUAAACAACCAGACUUGAGUUCCCUUUCUGCAAAAGCCGCAAAAGAAGCUGCCAUGAAACAUCAAGAAGAAUUAAAAGUAGUUUUAAAAAAUACUGCCCAAGAAAAUGAAAAAUUAAGAAUUAUUAUCGAACAACUUCGAAAUGAAAUCUCUUAUUUAAAAUUAAUUAAAAAUGAUUCAACAAUGAAAAAAGCAAUGACAACAAAAACAAUAGACCCGAAAAGUUUAAGUAACAAUAGUGAUAUCACUCCUACUAAUAACAUUAACAGCAAUAACAAUAACAACAACAACAACAACAACAACAACAACAAUAAUAAUAAUAAUAAUAAUAAUAAUAAUAAUAAUAAUAAUAAUAAUCAUAUGAAUAACAAUCACAUAAAUAAUGAUAUGAAUAUUUCUAAUACCACAAGUAUUAGCAGCAAUAACCUUAAACCUCAAGUCAAUAUUCAACCCAAAGUCAAAAGACAACAUACCGAAAAGAAACAGAAAAAAUCAACGGCAAAGAAAAAAACAACAAAAAAGAAAGAUACUGCUUCUACUUCCUCUACUUUUAUUAAACAGGAAUCCCCAGAAACUCACAAUUUAGGGAUUUCAGCUCCUCCAAUGGACAAUAUAGAACAAUUAUUAUAUGAAUCAUUAACAUCUGUUGACAUGAAUGAUUCUCCUCUUUUACAAUCUAUUCAGAUGUCAAAUUCUGUUUCAGAAUAUAGCAUGACUAGUUCAGCUGCUAGUCCCCCAUCAAUGAUGCUAACGCCAUCAAUAGACCCAUCCAACUUAUCUACAGUUUCAAAUAGAUCAACUAGAAAAUAUAAAAAUAUUGUUCCUAGAACAAGAACAAGACAAAGCAACUCUAUCUCUAAUUCGAUUUCCAAUUCGAUUUCCAGUUUAAACCCUAGUUCUCUAUCUUUUUAUAAUAAAACUAAUUUUUUCACUCCUGGAUUAGAAAGAUCUCAAUCUACUAUUGUUCCCAAAUCAGAUAUUAAAACAGAUUCAUCAUCUCUAAAUUUGAUGGAUUCUAAUUUGGAUUCCAAUCUAGAUUCCAAUUUGAGUUCUAAUUUAGAUUUGAAUAUCGAUUUAGAUGAUAUCAUUAGAAAUUCUCAUAAAUAUAGCAACAGUUUAGAUAUUUCCAAUCCAAAUCAUAAUGACGAUGAUUCAGCAAGUCAGUUUUCCGUUACAAAACCUAUAGUAAGUGAUUUAAAAUCAUUGAAACUAGACAGGGUAUUGGCAUCUCCAACAUUUUUAAAUAAUGAAACAGAUAGCUCUAAAUCAAACUCUCAAUCUAAUAGAUCUAUUUUUCUAAAUAAAAACUUUAAUAAUAGUUACAACUCUAUAAAAAAGCCCUUUGAACCUUGCGGGUUCUGCUCUAAUGGGAGCCAUUGUUUAUGUGCUGAAGCUGCUUCUGAGUUGAUGGCUAGUAAUAAAGUGAUAAAUGAAAUUAAUAAUAAAAGCAUACCCUCAAAAUUUAUAAGUACUAAAUUUGACAAUAUUCCUAAAUUCAAAAACAAUGAUUUUGAAAAGCAUAUUGAAAUCAAAAUUGAAAAGGAUUUAGAACCUGAGCCCGACUUUUCAAGUUUUUUAGUGAGUGAAAGUAAUAGCAAUUCUAAUAGUAAAAUCAAUAUUAAGAAUGAAUUUGCAGAUGAUUUGGAUUUAAACAUUUUAAUAGAUAAUGAUUUAAAUCUGAACUUUGAUAACAAGGGAAUUUAUAAUAAAAAAAGUGAUAACAAUAGUGGGUUUUUUAACAGGUUUACAAAUUCAAAAAGUAAUGAUGAUUUAGAUCUAUCAAUGUUCAUCAAACAGGAUGAUGAUAUGUUUCUGUAA